CUUCAUUUUCCAAGGGCCUUUGGGAUGAUGCAUUUUGAACAAUUUCUUUGCCGUUUUUUUCCUUUUAUUCAGAAGGCAUCUGUUGGGGUCACUGUUCUUAAUCUCUGUGCUCUAAGUGUGGACAGAUACCGAGCAGUUGCUUCCUGGAGUCGUGUUCAGGGAAUUGGUGUCCCUUUGACUACCGCUAUUGAAAUUUUUUGUAUUUGGAUUCUUUCCUUUAUCCUGGCUAUUCCAGAAGCAAUUGGUUUCACCAGUGUUGAUUUUGUUUAUAAUGAAAAACGGCUCAAAACCUGUUUGCUAGUAGCAAGCAACAAGUUCUUGGAAUUAUACAUUAAAGUAAAAGAGUGGUGGCUCUUUGGUUUCUAUUUCUGCAUGCCACUUGCUUGCACAGCAUUCUUUUAUACUCUGAUGACCUGUGAAAUGUUAAACAGGAGGAAGAGUAAUUUGAGAAUUGCUCUCAGUGAACAUCUUAAGCAGCGCCGAGAAGUUGCUAAAACAGUUUUCUGUUUAGUUGUGAUUUUUGCUCUCUGCUGGUUUCCUCUGCAUCUAAGCCAGAUACUGAGAUCAAUGCUAUAUAACGACAAAGACCCCAACAGAUGUGAAUUCCUCAGUUUUUUGUUGACUUUGGAUUAUAUCAGCAUUAAUCUAGCAACCAUCAAUUCCUGCAUAAAUCCUAUAGCACUCUAUUUUGUGAGCAAGAAGUUCAAAAACUGUUUCCAGUCAUGCCUCUGCUGUAUUUGUCACCGGACAGGAAGUCAGAUGUCCUCUGUCCCCAUGAAUGGGACCAGCAUUCAGUGGAAAACUAAUGAACUGAAUAAUCACAAUACAGAGCGGAGUAUCCACAAAGACAGCUUAAACUGAGAUUCAGCAAAGACUGUGCUUCUGAAUUUAAGGAAAAGACAACAGAUACAAUAUCUAGAAUUCAACAAACUUAUUUAUUUGGAAGCUCUGUGCUCUAGCACUUAAUUCCAGAAAUGAGCAGAAAGAACAGUUGUGCAUAAGUGAAUCUCUAAAUGGAUUCCAAAUGGUUCUUUUUGUUAUAAAGAAAUUCACUUUUGGCAGAAACAAGAACAAUCGACCCAGUACUCUGCCAAGUGUUCACAGAUUUCAGCCAGAACGUCUAGCUGUAUGUUAUGUUGCAUAUUCUGUUAUAUCAUU